ACCACCUCCAGCUCAAUCGUCGUUUCGUUUCUCCUACUCCUGGACACCUGAGUUGCAUCUCGUUUGCUUCCGACGCACUCUGAACUCGAACGCGCCGCAACGUUUCUCCUCCGUGAAUCUACUAAGCCAUCUGCCUCACCAACUCGACACGUCACUAAGCGCGCCUCGGUUUGCAACGCAUCGCGAGAGUUGGAAGAGUCCUAUACGCAUUCGAAGAACGUUGAGACAUGAACCGACACCAUCCGUAUGGCGGGCCCUAUGAUGGGCCACGUAGAGGAGGCGGCCCUUCCGGAAACUAUGGGCCCGGGCCUGACAGAUCCCACCACUUUGAUAGGGGCGGUGCUCCUAGAGGAAGAGGAUUCGGUCGUGGUCGUGGCCGUGGAGGUGGGGGUGGCCAACAAGGCGGCGGCCAUUACGGCGGCUAUGGCAAUGCAGCCCCAUAUGAUCAAGGUCCUCCGCAAGGCGACGUGGGAGGUUACAAUUACUACGAUUCCGGCCCACCUCAAGGGCAGUACUACCAGAACGGCAACACGUACACUGCGCCAGGUCCAGGACAGUACCAAUCAGAUGCCUCUGGUGGUUACGAUCAGGGCUACGGUUACGAAGAUGGCUCUGGACAAAACUACAAUCAGGGGGGCAGGGGAGGUUAUAACAAUCGCUUCCAGCAGAAACGCCCUCAACGCCGCGAACGAGACGACAAGGUGCAUGACUCUAUCAUUGAGGAACGCAUUCAGCGAGAGCGACCCUGUCGUACUCUUUUCAUACGUAACAUCAAGUAUGAGACGAGCAGUGAAGACGUAAGACAGCUUUUCGAGGAACAUGGCGAGAUCAAAACAUUCUUCGACCUUAUCGCCAAUCGUGGGAUGGUCUUCGUCACAUACUACGAUCUCCGUGCCGCGGAAAGAGCAAGGGAUAGGCUACAAGGGUCUGAGAUCAGUGGCCGUCCUAUCGAUGUGCACUACUCGUUACCUCGCGAUGACCAACGGGGCGCGGACAGGCAAAAGGACCAGGAGCUGCAAGGGAAUCUGAUAGUCACGCUCCGGAACUCCCCCACCAAUCAACCCAUUGACGAUAAUGAGGUCCGCCGCAAAUUCCAGCAAUUUGGCGACGUUAAGUCGGUCAGGCCUUACGGCGAACGUCCGGACCAACGAUACGUAGAGUUUUAUGAUACACGGGCGUGCGAGGAGGCCCACGACCGUCUCCGUCAUCAGGGCCUUCAGGAUGGAGUAAUGGAGAUCGUCUAUGCUUCUCCCAGCGAUGAUCCCCGUGUCGCUGAGUCUCGAGAGCACGGAGGCGACGGACUUGAACGUCCACAGCGAGACUGGGAUGAAGGUGGUCAUCACGGCGGAAGACGUGGAGGUCGAGGCGGUCGAGGCGGUCGCGGGAGAGGACGAGGUUUCCACAACAACAGUGACUGGGAGGACCGCCGAGAAUAUCGCGAUCGUAAUAACCAAAACAAUCGUCAGAUUGAGGACGAGUUUGGGCGUGAACAGCGUCUGGACGACUUCAACAGAGCUAGCCAGGGCGGGUAUGGAGGUCCUGCUGGUCCGGGUUAUGGUGCCCCUCCGGGUGGUGCAUACAACCGACCCCCACCUCAGCCUGCGCCGGCCCCUGCAGAAGCUGCAGACGAGCGCGAGCGUCUUGAGCAGGCCAAGAAGGUUCAGCAGCUUCUCGCAGCACUCAAGCAACCGGGAGGCGGAGGUGGCCCUCCGCCGCCUCCAGCGCCCUCCGCAAGUGCUCCUCCACCACCCCCACCGACUAUGCCACCAAUGCCCCCUGCGCCUGCUGCAAAUGCAUACUACAACCACCAGCCGCCGAUGCCACCCCCACAUGCCCCUUCAUACGCCACUGCAACCCCCUCCGCGCCUCCUUCAAAUCCGUACUCUAUGUCUUCUCAGCCCUCGACCCCAGCACCUCCGCCUCCACCAGGAGCUACCCCUCAGAUGCAAGGGCUGCCCGCUAACAUUCUUGCUUUGUUACAGCAGGGAGGGCAGGGCCAGCCACCACAAUCCGCUGCACCGCCGAUGCCACCGUACAGUAUGCCUCCUGCUUCGGCGAUGAUUGGAGCGCACUCGCACGGUUCCAUGCCUGGCGUGCCCCCUGUCAAUACGAAUCAGCCUGGGUAUCAGCAAUUGAUGGCCUAUCUAGCUCAGAAGCGUUGAGUAGUUCGUCAGUAGCUGUGAUUUAUGAAUUAAUGAGUGCCCGUCUUUGUGCAUACGGGACUAUGAUAUGUUUCGUGCAUCCUGGCUCCUAUCUUAUUGCUAGUUGUUU